CGGUCCUUAAAGGUUAAGGAGAUAAGUCGUAGAAAUAAGGAAUGCGCAUGUAUUGGCACGAACUUGGAGUAUAUAACCCAUUGUUAGGCGCAAGUAGUAUAAUCCUAUAUUUGGCAGCUUGCAACUUAUAUUUAUUACGGCGGCACUGCUAAGCUAAUGGAUUCUGCCCAGUAUUUAACGGACGGAGAGGUUGAAGAGUUCGUUAGUGACUUGGAUAAAAAUAACGAUGGGUUUGUUGACUAUGAAGAGAUUGAAUCGAAACUGGAUCAAGUCCACAACGAGAUCGCGCCAGACGCAAAAUCGCAUCAUCUACACCACAAAGACCUGGAUGAUGAGCAUCGCCACCAUUUUCUACGCAGUGUGAUUGGAUCGAGCACAUAUCCAAUCUCUCGAUCCGACCUCGCAGAAGUAGUUAAGGGAUGGAAAGUCCCUUCUUUAAAGCCGGAUAGGAGAGCCGAGCAAAGCAAUAGAAAUUAUAUGAAAUCAGUCCCUCUGGCGCGAAGACUCCGAGCCUAUUGGGCGGUUAAAGGUCCUGAAAUUUUGUUCAUCACAUUUGUUGUGUCAACACAGGUUGCCUUUGGGACGUGGCAAAUGGUCAAAUACAUUAUUGAGACGCAAUGGCGCGCCGCUUUGGGAUGGGGAGUUGUGUUGUCUAAGACGACAGCCGGCGCUUUGUAUCCAACUAUGUUUUUCCUCAUAGUCUCCAUGUCAAAGUAUCUCCCUACUUUCGCAAGACGAUCAUCGGCCAUCUCGCAUUUUAUUAAUUGGGACAAAACUCACGCGUUUCACAUAAAGAUUUCUAUUGUUGCAUUGGCCCUGGCCACUCUGCACGCCAUUGGUCAUCUAACGGGCACCUUUCUGUACGGGAGCAGGCCAGCACAGCAGGAUAAAGUUGCCGCUAUCUUCGGUGAAGAUGCCGUGCCUCGUUCCUACCGUGACUACGCUUCCUCCCUUCCAGGAUGGACCGGAAUUGCUGCCCUGGGAAUAUUCUGGAUAAUAACGCUCUUCAGCAUACCACCUGUUAGGAAAUGGAACUUUGAGGUCUUCCAGCUAGUCCACUUGCUAAUGUUUCCAAUGAUUGGGUUUCUCAUAGCACAUGGUCUGGAAGCCUUACUGCAGUUCCCCAUGCUUGGAUACUGGCUCGCAUUCCCUACCCUUCUUGUCUUCCUAGAAAGAGCCCACCGUCUGCUAGUUGGCUUCCACCGCAUUCGAGCAGAGAUGAACGUUUUGGAUGCCGAGACGGUUUGCAUCAAAGCCACAAUCCCAGAACGCCGACUUUGGCCAUAUCAAGCCGGCCAGUACGUUCUACUUCAAGUUCCGCAACUAUCAUGCUUUCAAUGGCACCCUUUCACCAUCGCCAUCUGUGAAGGCAAUACUAUCCAAAUCCACAUUAAAACAGACGGUAAUUGGAGCUUAAGAUUACGAGAUUUGCAGAAAGAAACGGGGCAAAGCCUCCGCUGCGUAGGUAUUGACGGUCCUUUCGGUGCUCCAGCUCAGCGCUUCUAUGAAUUCGACCAUAGCCUCAUCAUCGGAUCUGGCAUCGGAAUUACUCCUUUUUCUGGAAUAUUAAAAGAUAUGCAAACUAAAGCGGACAAGUUACUACUGUCAUCCGCGAUGCCAUUAGCAUCGACUGAGGGUCUCCCCGAUGCUUAUAUAAACCAAGCCACGGUUUCCACAAUCGAUACAGGUCAGAACACGCCUGAGUUUGUGGCUCAAGAGAAAGGAGCAAGAUUUGUUGCUCCUCCGGCGAUGGAGGAGCAGGAAGCAGAUGCCACUAUCUGGAUUUCAAGGAACGAGGGUUUCAAACCCGGGGACGUGGGGUUUUUCGAAGAGUUCGCGCAACUUUGGUCAGCAAAUUGA